CAAAGCGGAAGUAGUAGAAGAUAACCUCGCAAAUAUUUUCGAGCUGUACCGAGGCGCUUUGAGGGAAUCUGUUGGCAUUAAAACUCACUCAUUGUCGUCGAAACUGAGCCGAAACAUGGACAGAUAGUGUUAGCUUUAUCGGAUUUCCAGAGGUGGUCCCUGCAAACGAUACGCUGUCACAACUGUGCCCAUCUUGGACUGUCACUCAGGAUCCCCUCCCCUCCCCUCUCCCCUCCCCCACCCCCACACAGACAAACAGUUCAACCCACUGUUAAACACCAGAGUCCCUGUGGCCACCAGCAUGGCGAACAACAUGGCUAACAGCACCGCAACAGUAGUAAAGGUCGGGACCCCUGGCCCUGCUGGCAGAAUUAGUCCGGAGGGAUCUCAGGUGCUCAGUAAGAAGAAGCUGCAGGACCUGGUGAGAGAGAUCGAUCCGAAUGAGCAGCUGGAUGAGGAUGUCGAGGAGAUGCUGCUGCAAAUUGCAGAUGACUUUAUAGAGAGUGUAGUGACAGCGGCCUGUCAGCUGGCUCGCCAUCGCAAGUCCAACACCUUGGAGGUGAAGGAUGUCCAAUUACAUCUUGAGCGCCAGUGGAACAUGUGGAUUCCUGGUUAUGGAUCAGACGAGAUCCGGCCGUUCAAGAAGGCUUGCACCACAGAGGCUCACAAACAGAGAAUGGCACUGAUCCGCAAGACAACCAAAAAGUAGCAAGACUGUACACUAAUACGUUGUACCCACUCUGUGUAUUGUCUUCUUUCUUUUUGUAUUUUUUUUAGCUGGGAUUUUUUUUUGACUAAUGAGGAAGAGAGAGAUGUAUUUUUUUUUGCUGUUUAGUUUUUCAUUAGAUAGUCUCAUCAUCACGUCUCCCUAACAUUUGAGUGUUUUGCCAGCACCAUCACACAAUAAUGUAAUUAUAGUCUCUGAUUCUGUUUUGUUGUUAUUAAGCUAAGCCUGGCAGAACUACAUUCAUUGCAUUUUUGUCAAUAAACAUUUACUGGAAUACUUUGUUUGGAUGAUGACCACUGCUGUACCUGUUUUUGGUCUUUUGAUACUCUAGAGCAUUUAGAUGUGAAUGUUAAAAAUUAGGUUUGGUGUUAUCUUACCAAUAAUAGAUAAUAACUUUCAGGUAUGUAAGAGAUCAUAGCUCCCCUGUUUACUCACUCCAACUUAUAGAACGCUAUUUAUACUUUUGUUUUUUGUUAAUAGAGGGUCUAUAAUACCAAAUUCCUACUUCAAAUGGUGGCUACAAACAGUAAAUUCUCUGCUUCUGUUACUAGAAAUGUUUAUGCUGUUGUAUAUUGCUUGUUUGUAUUGAAGUAGGAUUUAUUACAUUAACAUUUAUUUUAAUCAUCCCUGUAACUUUUUCUUUUAAUUUGGUCUAUUUCAGUAAAUUGCAUUGAAAUGAUGGAAGAACUGGUGCUCAGAUGUUGACUUUUCACAAUGUCAGAUUAAAAAAAAUAAAAUAAAUUACUGAUCUGUUAUCAGAAAAGACAUUUUGAAAUCUGGCAUAUCUUGCUAGGCUGAAUUUAAAUUUAACGCCACCAGUAACAGACACACUGCUUCAACCUGUCAGUGAUCAUCUUCAAUCUGAGUGUCUCUGUAGCAAAAUAAAUUGUUUUUUGGUUGC